AUGACAAAUUUAUUAGCAUCAUUAAAUAUUAAAGGUGAAAGAAUACUACUAUUUGGAUAUUCAAAUUUAGCAUUACUACGAAUAAAUUCAAUAUUAGAAGCAGGAGCUUACCCCAUAUUAGUAGUACAAGAUGAUGAUAAAACGUUAGAUGCCAUAGAACAAUAUGAUUUGAACUCAAAAGUUGAGAUUAUAGUGGACUCGAACUACAAAGAUAAUAUUGAAAAUUACUUGACAUUAUAUGGUAACAAAGAAUCAGAUGGGGUAAUAGAUAGAGUAUUUGUAACAUUACUAAAAAAUUCACAUCAGGAAAUUAGGGAAAGAAUUUAUAAAUCAUGCAGAAAAUAUAGAGUUCCAAUAAACACGACAGAUUAUCCUGAUUUAUGUACAUUUACAUUAUUAUCAACUCACACCCAAGGAGAUUUUCAAUUAGGUAUAACCACCAAUGGAAAAGGUUGUAAAUUAUCAUCAAGAUUGAAAAGAGAAAUAGUUAAAAAUUUACCAUCAGAUAUAGAUCAAAUAUGUACCAAUAUUGGGAAUUUACGUACUACAAUUCAAAAAGAAGAUCAAAUUUCAGAAUUGACAACAGGAGAAAAUGAAGAUGAUUUACAUAACUCAAAAAAUUUUAAUUCAUUAGUUAAAGAAUUUGAUCAAACUAAAAAUGAUAUAAAAUUAAGAAGAAAUAGAUGGCUUUCACAAAUAGUUGAAUACUAUCCAUUAUCAAAAUUAUCAAGCAUAUCAAUAGAAGAUUUGAAACAAGUAUAUAACGAAGACAAAUCAAAAUCACAACCACUUACAGAAUCAACAACUACCACCAACAAAGGCAAAAUAGCAUUAAUUGGAAGCGGACCAGGUUCGGUAUCUUUAUUAACAAUAGGAGCACUACAAGCAAUAAAUCAAGCUGAUCUUAUAUUAGCAGAUAAAUUAGUUCCACAACAAGUUUUAGAUCUUAUACCGAAAAAUCAUGGACCUGAAUUAUUUAUAGCUAGGAAAUUCCCAGGUAACGCUGAAAAAGCACAAGAAGAACUUUUAUCAAUGGGAUUAGUAGGUUUAAAACAGGGGAAAUUUGUAAUAAGGUUAAAACAGGGAGAUCCUUAUAUUUUUGGAAGAGGUGGUGAAGAAUUUAACUUUUUUGAGGAACAUGGGUACACACCAAUAGUUGUACCAGGUAUUUCAUCAGCAUUAGCUGCUCCAGUAGUAGCAAAUAUACCAAUGACUCAUAGAGAUGUAGCAGAUCAAGUAUUAAUAUGUACUGGUACCGGUCGUAAAGGGGUGGUACCUAAUUUACCUCAUUUUGAUCCAAAUAGAACUACAAUAUUUUUAAUGGCAUUACAUAGAAUUGUUGAAUUAGUUCCCGUGUUAAUUGAAAAAGGGUGGGAAUCUGAUUUACCAGUUGCAAUAAUUGAAAGAGCAAGUUGUCCUGACCAAAGAGUUAUUAGAACCACACUAUCAAAACUAGGUGAUGUAGUUGAACAAUGUGGAUCAAGACCUCCUGGAUUAUUAGUUACUGGUUAUGCUUGUGAAGUAAUUUACAAAGAUAAAGAUUUCAAAGAUUUUAUAGUUGAAGAAGGGUUUAAUUAUGAUUUUGAUACUUCAAACAUUUCCGUAAUUUAA